GUGAACGAGCGCGUCCCUUUUCUUGUAAAAACGCAGCUAUAGAAAAUUCCGAUAGGGAAGCUGUGACUGGUAAAAAUAAAUUAAUUAAUUUUAGAAAAUGCUGCAAAAUAUAGAAUAUACUGUGCAAACAUAAAAACUUUAAAUUUCGGUUUAUAUAGCUUUAAAAAGAAGCUUGAAAAUAAGUGCGAAAGUUCAAUAGUCACGAAUAGCCAAGAAAAAUUUGCUUUCUUUUUUUCGCUGCCGCAGUCGGUUCGGCUUGGUUGUAUCGGUUUUCGUGUUCACUGUUUUUUUUUUUUUUUUGUUUAUGCGAGAUUUCUAAUGGAACGUUUCGAUAAAAGAUUUAAUGUGAAUAUAGUGUAAAUCUAAAAUAUAUAAAAACGGCAGAUCAUGGCGUUGGAUGGAGCAAAAUUUAUUUGUCUGUCCAAUGCAGCAGCUGCAGACGCGACAGAAGCGACGCCGACAGAGGCCACAGGGGUUGAAGCCGGCGGCAUUGGUGAUGCUUCAACAUCAGAGAAUAUAAUUGAAGCAAAAGGACGCAAAUUUACUGUUGGAUACUACAUGAACUGUGAUUAUGUGCUGGAAGAUCCUCGUGCAAUCGGAGUCCAUUGCGAGAUACAGUGCGAUGCAUUCGGAAGGGUAACAAUUCACAAUAAUUCCGAAGCCCAUCCAAUAAGUGUAAAUGAACAAAUUAUAACACUGAAGCGGCCUCUUUUGGACGGUAGUCGUAUUAAGAUCUUGGAUAGAAUUUUUUUGUGGAAGUUUCCAAAGUCGUUAGAGGCAUCUGCUACCAAUAAAAGUACACAAGAAGAAGAUGCUACAAUUAACGAUACAGGCUCCACACCUCAGAAAUUGAUAGCGGUACCGGAACAAGCACCAAAUUCUUGUCCCGACCUUAAACAUCAUCGGAAAGUCGAUAAAAGAUUCACAGUGCAUAACUUUGCGUACUGCAUUAACUCCGAUGAGGAGGGCAAUACAUCUUCUGAUUUGCCAAGUAUAAGUGAAUCUGAGAGAGUUGAGGAAGCUGCAACAACCGAAUUAGUUACACAAAAAGAAUCUAUUAAUAAGAACGGAAGGUUUGAAGAAAUGUCAGUGGAAGACAAAGAGACUUUGCCAACCAAUACCACAUUACAAGACAGUGCUGACGGCAAAACAACAUUAGAAACUUUAAAUGCUCAACGACGUAGUAUUACACCCGAGCCACAAAAAAAUGAGCCAAUCAUUGCCAGUACUCCCUUGGUUAAAUUAGAGGAUACACCCAAAAUGAAUUUAAUAAAUUAUACACAAAAUAAACAAAACACAAGCACCGAGAAGAAACUCCGUAUGCUAUCAUUUUGCCAGCAAUCUGAUGUGGUGAUUACAUCCUUUUCACCACGAGAAACCGGUAUACGUAUCGAAAAAUCGUUUACAGCAGUAAUCAAGCCUACAUCCACAAUCUCUACAACACCUAAGAGCGUUUAUAGCACUCCGAAAAGUAUGCUUUCGAAUUCUGACGACGCGGACGAUGAAAGUCGUGAUUUUAUUGAUUUCUCUACACCUGCAACAUCGAAGAAAGGCGCCCGAGUACUUGUUAAAAAUUCUUCUAUGCAUUUAAUCGAUUUGACUACGCCUAGUAAAUUGGCACCCCACAGUCCGAGACAUCGCCUGACCCACAAAGGAAAUAAAACACUACCCAGCCAAGUGAAAUUUUCAGCAACCUCAAUCACUUCUGAUAAGUUAAAGGAAGAAGAUUCGAAACGAGUAGUGGAGGCUCAUUUAUUAUCAAAGACUUUAACAUUGAAAACAUCAUUCAAUAAAUCUGAAUCAUCCCCUCAAAGUGCUGAAUCAAUUAUUAGUGUAGAUGAAACUAGUGAUUCAUCAACCGCUGUUAUUGAAAUAUCUGAAGAUGAUUCGCCAGCACCUAGUACAUCUUCGCCAAUUCGCACCGACUUUACCACAAAGACACCACAGCGUCCGACCGGAAAGAAACCUUUCACCUCUACACCAUUGCGUACACCACAAUCCCUAUUGAAACGUGCCAUAGUAACAAGUGCUAAGAAGCAAAUAAAUUCCUCACUGCGAGCUGCACUAGGUAAAACAACACCAGCUCGACAGCUAACAUCCACGCCGGCUCAUUAUAGAAAGCGUGAACAAUCUGGUACUGCUGAAUUAACUCCGCCAACAUCAAAAAGCCGAAUAUCUAUUGGCUCACCAGGAAGUGUAGCUGCAGCACAACGUCGAAAUAUCAGCUCUUUAACACCGCGCAGUUCAAUAGGUGCCAGUACCGACAGGGAACAUGUAAUAACACCCUCGAUAACAUCACAAACACGCCUCACACAAAAUAGAAAAGUUCCAUUUUCCGCGCCUCGUUUAAAUACAGCAAAACGUACCUCUCCUCUGCGUGGAGUUCGUAAAUCCUUCGACGGCGCAACCCUCACAUCGCAUAUUUCGAAAACACGUCGAUCGGUUAUAUCACCACGUAAGCAUUCACCAACAGCUAUUGCUACGAAAUUGGCAGCAAAAGCUCGUAAAUCAUUUAUACCCAAAAGUCCAAACAACAGUCGAGUAGCUUCGCGUGCUCGCAGCUUGGUAGCCGCAGCGAUGAGCCCCAAAAAUAGCAGUCCAAAUUCAACGACUGACAUCAGCUCACCGAAGAGGGAGAAUGUUCGAACGGUGGACGAUAUUACCGAAAAAGAAGUUAAGAAAGAAGCUUCCUUGGAAGAGCAAACUGAAGUUGACGAAUUAAGUCGCACAUUCACGGUCGAAGAUUCGUUGGAAGAGGUGCAAAUUAAAACCUCAAAUCCUUCAACAUCCUGCGCCCUAGACGCUUCUUCAUCACAAAACCAGGAAGUGAAUAAGACGUUUUCUCCAGAAAGACCACUGACCAGUGAAGACAAAAUUGCAGUUGACUUAACUGUCGAUGUUGCAGAAACCAGAAUUGGAUCUCACAAAAGGGAUCUUUCAGAAGAUUUUAAUGAAAAAGAUGACAAAUUAAUUAUCGAACACAUAUCGGAGAGUUUCGCUGAAGUCGUAGAAGCAAAAGCUAAAACAGAAGAAAGUUCAAAAACUUCAAAAGACACCGUUCAGAUCGAAAAACAAAAUACUAUUGAAACUCUUGAAGCGUUUGCAUCUCACUCAACAGGGGAGCAAGCAGAUGAUGUCAAAACUACUGCCGACAAAAGUACUAUUGAAGUUGAUAAUCCACAGGAAUCGAAAUUGAUUGAGGAUCAGGUUAUUGAAACAUUGGACGCUUAUGAGAUAAGCGGCAAUGUUUCGGAAGAACAGCAAAGCAGUACUAAGGGAGAAAAAGAUAAUGUACUUACAUCAUCACCUUCUUCAAGUGAAAAAAUUGAUAUGGAAGUCAUGCCUAAACAGUCUGCCGAGUCUCAAGGCACUGCGGAGUUGUUGGAGGAGAUUGAGUAUGUAUUGAAUAAAUCCGAUGAAUUGCAGCAACAACUAGGUAAAGAUGCACAUUCUUCAAACAUUGAAGUAAGAAACGAAUUUGAAGCAGCAAUUGAAGAAAAAUCACGUAACGACACGGAAGAUGUCACACCCAAGGAUAAUAUCAAGACUGUUGUCAAUAUUAAUGCCGAAAUUAGUCAGCAUAUAGAACAGGCCGAAGAUUGGGAAGCAACUAACACAGAUGAGCCGACAGCAUCUUCCACUUCAAACUCAGUAGUACCAAAUUCAAAGGAUAAACCAGAAACACCAGAAAAUGCGAGUUUCACGGACUCAAACUUCAUAGUAACAGAGUCUGAAAUAACCUCAACUGAUAUAGAUGAUAGUUCAAAGCAAACAGAGUUACUAUCUCUUACAUCUAAAGCUACACCAAGUGAAUUUGAUGCUUCUACCAUUGAAAGCACUGCAGUUCAGAAGUCAAUGGUUUCCGAUGAAUGUGAAACAGGAAAUGAAAAAGCAGACAAUACAAAUAAUAUUGCAAAAAUAUUGAACUCAGUAUCGGAAGAAAAUGAAACUUCCAUCCAAACAGAGUUGGCUGGAGCUGAUGCAGUGGAGGCAGAAACUGUUGCUGAGACCGUGUCAACCUCUGACGUUGUAGAAGGUAUGGUACACACAACUGUUGAAAAUUAUGUCAGCAAUGAAGAAGGUUCUGCUGAUAAGUCGAAAAUUGAUGAAAAUAACGCUGCAGAAAUUCUAAAGGAUUCUCAAACAGCUGUUGUUAUCACACUAACUGAACCAGGUGUUGCUGAUAACGAUACACAAAAAAUAGGUGAUAAUAAUAAAAACAAAGAAAUUGUGGCGAACCAAACAGAGGUUUUUACAACUGAAUGCAAAGAAACUGAUAGCGCGGCAAACGAAUUUGAGGAAUGUAAAACGGUACCAUUAGAAUCCGAAGUGGCAGUUACAACAGUUGAAGAUGCGGAAAAAGUUGCCGAAGAAAUUAAACUAUUAUCAAAUAGCAGCAAAACGAUCACUGCUGUGUCUGAACCGGAUUCUAAUGUACAGAAUGAAACAAAACCAAUACAAGAAGAUCAAAUACCUGCAAACAGUGACCGCAAUAGUGAUAGUGAGAAAGAAAAUAACGUACGUGUUGCCGAUACAUGCAAAAAAAUGUCUAUCAACACUGCCGAUGAGACUAAAAUAACACCCUCUUUCGAGCCUAAAAGUCCAAAUCUCUGUGGCAUUCGAGAUAUGUUACGCACCCCAAAGCAAUCGGACUCUACGACUCCACGCUUUGUUGGUUUACGUGACCUUAUGCGCACCCCUAAGGCAUCAACUAGUGCCGCAGCUGCAGAAUCUGCUGUCGGAGCCGAAACAGAAGCGUUGAUAGGUGUGCAAAAAUUGCUAAUUACGCCGCGUUUGAGUAAAAUAAAAGCAGAGACUCCACAAAAUACUGCUGAAGGUAACAAAUUCACACCUAGACGCAGCACAAGACGUAGAGCUUCUGCAAAUCCUGAGCUAACACCUACACCUAAAAUCAUUACUGAAACGGAUAAUGCACCAAGGCGCACAACCCGAAGACGUGCUUCGGCAUCUGCUGAAGUUAACUACACGCCACAGCGUAUUACUCGAAGGCGCUCAUCUUUGGCAUUAGACAACGAAGGAGCAGCAGACAAGGUAUUAACGCCAAUUAAAUGUGGUUCGCGUUCUAAACGCCCAGGUACAAUAGCUGAAACCUCAGUCACUGAAAAUAUGGGUGCAAUUAUUGAAGAGGAACCUAAAGAACGUUUGCAAGAAACCACUGAAGGGCAGCAAGACAUUGUGAAAACUCAGAAGAAUAAGGAAGACGUUAAAACUAAAAAUAGUGCGCAAGACGAUCCUGAAGUUAUAGAGGAGAACAUUUGUGAAGAAAUUAAUAUGCAGAAUCAGGAUAUUGAAGAGCAAAAAGAAGAAAUUGUGGAAGAUAAAUCAAAUAAUGAGUGUGAGAAGGCAGACAAGUUCAUAAAUGGGACCGAAGCCAUUUGUGUUACUGGGAAACUAGAUGAAGAUGUCGAUAAGAUUGAAAUUGAAACUGAAACUGAACCUACAUCACAACAAACACAAGUACAAGAAGCUGUAGCAGAUAGCUCAUAUAACGUUAGCGAAGUUCAUGAAGAAGAACGCAUGGAAGAAUGUAAAGGCUUAACUUCAGAUAAAAAUGCCGAAAUACGUGAUGAAUCAGAUUAUGAAUACGGAAAAGAGGUCGUGGAACAUAGUGAUGCAACAGUACCGAGUGACGCACAGCCGAAAUCACCUAAAACUCAACGUAAAACUGUUAGAAUUGCGGAUACCGACAUAGAAAAUUCUCCGAAAACACCCGUAAUGGUCGGCAUGCGUGAGCUACUAAAAACACCGAAAGAUUGCGGUGAAACAAAAAGGUUGGCUGGUGUACGAGAUCUGCUCCGUACACCUACAAUUGACUCAGCAACAAACGAUAUGGAGGAUGAUGCGGAACAAGUAGCAGGUUUAGCCGAUUUGAUGAAGACACCUAUAGUUGCGAAAACACACUUUAAGAACGUUGAAGCAACAGGUGAAGACGAUGAGCCCUCUUCAUCAACUAAGCCUCAUUCAGACUUUGUCGGAAUGCGGGAGUUAUUGAAAACUCCAAAACACACUAGCACACCGUAUUAUAGCGGUAUGCGCGAAAUGUUGCGCUCGCCCAAAGCAUGCAGCACACCGCAACUGGCUGGUGUCAGGGAACUCUUGCAGACGCCCAAACGUACUAAACUAGAUGCCGAAUAUGACGAUAAAGCCGAAGAACUAGACCAAUUCUUCAAAACGCCACGUGCUAAAAACAUUAUGAUUCCAGCCGAUCCGGCGAGUGCCAUUUUGGAACCCAGUUCGGACUCAUCUGCUGAAAUUAUGAUGGCUGCAAGAACAGAAUAUGAACUACAUAGUAAUAGUCAACGACCUUUGGAAGAAAUCUACAAAACGCCCGUUAGUACACGUUUAACAAGUAUAGAAAUUGAAAAAGAUACAAGUUUAACUGUCGACCCAAGUGUAGUCGAAGUGAAUAUACCCGAGACACCGGCAGCUAUUUGUGAUAACCCACCGAAGGCAACAGCUAGCAAACGAAAUCUCUCUGCUGAAGAGACAUUUGAUGAAAUGGUGGGGUUGCGUACCACAUUGGAUGAGACGCCUCCACAGAAGGUCUAUGCUCGCAAACAACAGUCAAACGUUGCUGUAUCACCCUUCUCAGCAACAGACGUGAUUUCUGAUUUACCUAAAACCGACAUACAGGAAUGGGUCGAUAAUUUAGAACAAGGGACCAAAUCAGUUGUAGAAGAACAAGAAUUUACUGCGUCUACUUCAAUGUUAAAUGCAUCAAAGGCAACACAUGAUCCAAUUGCUGGAUCACUAUAUGAAAUAAGUGGCGUUAAUACAACCGAGGAAUUGCUGGCAGACAUGAGUGCGGUGUCUUCAAUGGUUGAUCCAUUACAGGCAAGUGCAAGGAAAACUACUAAAUCUUCGUCAACAAUAGUCGUUGACGAAAACGAAAUAUUGCGGCCAGUUACGCCUAUCAAUGCUGAAAUUAGCGGCAUCAAUUUGCUUGAUCAGACAACCGAUUCAAUGUUCUCGGAACCAUUAGUGGUAAGCGACACGGAGUCAGAUCAAUUAGAAGGAAAUGAAAAUGAUAAAGCAAAAAGAGAAAGCGUUGAUGCUAAAAAAUCACCAGACGCGGAAGAAAUUCCAAUAAUGUUUGUUGAUAGUAGUGAUUCUGAGCCAGAAGAAGAUAUAAAUGCAACAGAAAAAACUGACACAAAUGAAGUUAAAGUUAAAUCUCCAAUUGAAAGUGUGAAAAUAACACCUGAGGAAGAAAUCAUUGAGUUAGAUGAUGAAUCUACAGCAAACGCGGAAGUGACUACCAAGCCAUGUGACAUUCAUGAGGAAUUCAGUAAAUUCCAGUUACACAAAAAUGUUGCAGGUCAACAAAUGCGGGCAUCCACUCCGAAUAGAAGUUUAAUACAAUCUACAAGGGAGCGCAGGCAAAGUAUGGGCGCUGAACAACUCAUUACAAAGGUGUCUAUUGAUUUGUCAAUUGAAAAAACUCGCUUAACUAAAGAAAAAGAGCGCACGGUAAUUGACACCGUAGUAGAGGUUGACGAAGUGCCAGUAGAUGAGGCAACUACAGAGGACAACGUAAUGAAAAUCGAUGAAGAGCCUAUUGAAUCUUCUCCGCAUGCAACUGAAAUAAAAACUACAAAUGCAAGUGAGGACGAACCUUCCGGAACAACUACUGAAUCAAAAGACAAUGAUUCAGAAUUUUUCAAUUUCCGUGCAAAUAAGUUAAGCAACAACCGAGGAAAGCGUGCGGCGACACCAGAUCAAGUCAAUAAAUCGCGGUCACAAAAAAUAAUACAUGGUCGUCGUCUAACCCUAGGGGCUGAGCUGCAUUUACCCAAAGUAACAUUUGAUUUUGAGGAAGAAAAAUUAAGAUUAGAGGAAUCGAAACAACAACCGGCCAUUAUCGAAGAAAACGUAGAAGCAGUUGCAACUGAGGUCACAAUCUUGAUAUCUGAGCCUAACAAACAAGCAAAUUCUGCAAAUGAAUCGAAUAAUACAGUGAAUGUUGAAGAUGAUAAAGUUGAUGUUAAACGCCAAUUGGAUAGAGCAGAAAAUGCGAGUGAAAUGGAAGCAGAUUCAUUCGAAACGUCAGGAAAAGAGUUUGAAAAAGACACGGUUGAGUCUGAUAAGAAUUCAAUACCAGAUGUCGAUGCUGAAAUUUCAUUAAAGGACAAAGAUAACGGUCAAAUUAUUGCAAAUGAAGCUAAAUGCUCAGCUGAGGAAUCAAAAACUGAGACCAUAAAUACGAAAAAUGUAGAAAAGAAUAUAGUAGAUGUCUGUGAACUCGAAUGUUUGGAGGACGUUGCAACUGGGGCAAGUGAAUCGAAAAAUAAUGUAAGCAAGGCUGAAAAUGUAGAUCCAGCAGCCACUGGUAGCAACUGUGGCCGGGAGACAAUCAGGUCUUCUGAUGAUGCACUUUUUAGAGCUUUAGCUGCUGAAGAGGAAAGCAAAUCUAAGGAAACAGCUGAAAGUUAUGUUUUAGAAAUUAUAAAUGAAGCGAAAUCAGAAUAUAUUGAAAAUAAGUUAAAAGAAGAGCAUGAGGGUACCACCGUGGAAGAAAUUACCCCAACAGAAUUAACAAAAGAAGAAAAUAAAAAAUGCAGCGAAGACACUGGUGCUGCAGCAACCACAAAACCCAUUACGCAAGAAACAGCGGAGACCCGUGAUGAAAUAUCGAUAUCUUCAACAGUUCAUAUAGUCGCUAACCCAGAAGUACAAUCAACUGUUGGCAUCGCAGAAAUAAAAUCUGAAAAACAAGAUCUAGAAGAAGCACUUGAUAGCACAACAGUUGAAGAAUUUGAAGCCGGAUCAUCAAUAAAUAAAGCAAAUGAAAACAAAACUGAUUCUGAAGGAGAUCGUCAAGUGCCCAAUAAUGUUAGUCUUGAAGUACCCGAAACACGUGAAGAAUCAUCGGCAGCAUCUUUCCGCGCUGAGAAUAAAAUAUUAUCUGCUGGAGAACGAUUCAACGAGAGUGAUAUAUUUGAUUUAACCGUAGAGCUACCAAAUGAAACUCCCACAAUUAAGACAACACAAGGCGUUAUAUUUGAUUUAAUUGAAGAGGAUGCCGAAAGUACAGCUGAAACGAACACUGCCGAUAACACCACGCCCUACGAACUAAAACAGUGUAACGUGACUGAGUCCGCAACAGUGUCUAUAGAUAACAAUUCUAUCAAAACUUCAGAAGCAACCGAAACAGAAGAUGAUAGCAAGAAGACCGAUUUCAUCGAAAAUAAGGAAGAAUCUGACAGAUCCGCCGUAAUAUACCAGGAAAUAGUUUUGAGUAACGAAGCUCCAAUAGAUAACACAGAAGUUUUAUCGGACGUUUCAUGUGAAAGCGAAAUUGCCGAAAAGGAAGUGAAAACUACAGGUUUUGAAGAACUGGAAGUCUCUAUUGAUGAAAAGUCACCACUCGAUACAAACACAAGUACGGAUAAUGAAACUUUUACUUUGGCCGUAUCGACGGAAACAGAAUUGGAUAACGACAACGAAAUGCCCGAAGUAGCGACAAAAACUACCAUAGCUAGAGCAGGGCAAGAGGGGCCGGUCGUAAAAGCCGAUACAAACAAUGAAGUAGAAGAACCAAAUAAUGAAACGGUCCAAGCUAUCAUCACAGAUACUGUUAAAAUUGAGGCUAUACCGCAAGCCUCUGUAACUGAACUUCACACUGAUGCAGAAGAUAUUACAGAAGAACCAGCAACAAUAAUUACAACAGAGCCAACUAAAGUUGCUACGGUCGAAACAGUAAUUGAUUUAGAAAUCCCCACAUCUACUACUCUUACUGCUGAAGAAGCUGACACCACCGACAAUAAAGAUUCGAUUGUAGCUGAUCGAAUUGAUAUUGAUGAAUGUAUGGUACCAGAAGUGGCUAUUUCUUCUACAAAUUCACCAAUAACGAUGGAAACUGAACACGCUAACAAAGAUACAAAAGAAAUCAAAGUAAUUGAAGAGCUGCAUCAAGAAGCAAAACAAUUUCAAAAUUUACGAACAGAAAAUACGGAAAUAACAGAUGAAGUGAAAGGGCAGACAGUAACGGCCGCAGAAAUCGUAGAUGAGCCAAUACAAGCACCAGUAAAUAAAGAAAAAUUAAAAGUAAUUGGAGACAAUGAGGAACCUUCAUGUUCCAAACAAGCAGGAAAAGCAAAUAAUGAGACUGAAAUUACACCUCUUAUCAUAACUCCUUCAAUAAUGUCACAUGCUGCGCAGGAUACGGUGGAAACAGUUAGCAGUAAAGUUCAAGUGAAUAAAAAUAAAUCAUUAAUUAAGGAUAAAGUUACAGCUCAAACUCACAUAGAUAAAGGUGAAAAAGGAAACACAGAUGUAGUACAAUUAUCAGCAAGUAAAAGUUCUAAAACUUCCGAAAGCAGAGUAUAUGUUUCAAAUAUGUCGGUCGAAGAAACAUCAGUACUUAGCGAGAAUAUAGAGAUAGUGGAAAAGGAACGAGAAGCAUCCGUUGAAACACAAGGACUUGUCAAGCGCAGAGGUCGUAAACCAUCUCGAUCCAAACCAACAACUGAAAAAAAUAUCGACUUGGUGUCCACGACAAUAAUUGCAAAGCGUAUAUUAGUUGAGGAAUAUUCAGAUGACAAAAAAUCUAUCCCUGUAACAAGUAAACAUGAAGAAUCUUCCGCUGGAAUAGCGACGACACCCGAAGCAGCUGUUGCACGCUCAACACGCCACAAAACAGAACCAGAAUAUUACACAAAAGUAAACUAUGAGGUACGCAUAUCGGAGAGCGCAGAAACGGCAAAUGAUGUUAAAUCUGAUAAGUGUGAGGAGAUUGUACUACCAGACCAAAGUGAAAAAUUGAAAAAAGAAACUAAGUACGCUGAUCAUUUGGAAAUUAUGGACAAUGUUACAGGUCAACAAUUGGCUUCAUCUACUGAACUUGAUGAAGAAAUAAAUACUACUGAGACUACCAGUAAAGCUGAGGAAGUGCAUGAACCAAAGCGAGAACGGCGCACUCGUAAGGGCUCCCAAUCCAGUCAAUGCUCCACACAUGAUGAAGAUCAUCUACCGACAACAACAACCAGACGGCGAGGUGGACGUCGACGUGCUGACACACCACUUGAGCAUAUUGAGGUCUCAACCUCUGAUCUGCCAACAGUUAAACGUCGACGUCAAGGUCAUGACAAAUUGGUCGAGGAUAUGCCACUAGAAGAAAUACAAGAGAUACCAAUUGAAGAGACCGAAAUAGUAAUUCCAGAAGAAAAUGUUAUCGAAGUCGCAUCGGAAAAUAGUGGAGAAAGUAUAGAGGAACAUCAUAGUGGAAACAUUAAUAAUGACGUGAAGAAAUUAGACCACGAUCAUAUAGAGGAAGUUGUACGUUCCACUACUGGCAAAGAGCAACAACAUGUUGAUUCGGAAAAUGCCAUAAUAAAAAGCGACAUCAGCAGGCGACAACGUGUGGCGAAGGCAACAGAUGUCAUCGGUGACCGUGUUACGGAUUUACAACAUAGUGAUACUGACGAAUUGUCAAGUGUGUCCGCUGCUACAAAACGUGGCAGACGUAAGCCGACACUUUCCGAAUCGAGCCAAACUUCAGUCACUUCCGAAUCCCUUGGCACAAAACGUCGAAGACGCGGACAUAACGCAACUUCUGAUAAAUCUAAUAUUAAUGAGACAAUAGACGAGGUUGAAAAGAAAAGUUUGCAUAAAAUUAAGGAGACAUUACAAGUUGGAGAAAAUGAUGCCACAACUGUGCCGGUGCUGCCUACCAUAGCCAAAGCCAUAAAAGCUGAAUUGUUAAGUGAAGCUGAAGUCGCCGUUGAAGGAGCCUCUGAUGCAAUUAAAACAGAAGUAGGUCAUAGUACAGACGCGGAUUCUUCGAAACGUACGGAAAAUAAGCGCACACGGAAGGCGAGUAAUAAGGAAUUACCCGAUGAAACAAGAGAUAUAAAGAUAGAGCAGUCUCAUGAUGAGAAAUCAGUUGUGGAACAAGAACAACCCUUAAAGAAGGUUGCUACGACAAGUCGUGCACGUGUUAAUCGACGUAAGAAAGCCGAAGUAGAUGACGACCACCAUGAAAAAGUCGAAGGACCUAAUCUAGUUCACAAAAAUGAAGGAAUAGUGGAGACGGAAGCUCAAAACAAAAUUGAAGUGCCCGAACAAGCCGUGUUGCAGUCUACAAAUACAAAUGCCGACUCUGUAGGUGGUCGGCGGGGACGUCGAGGAGCUGCUGCCGCUGCUACCGUCGCUAUAAAUGAGGUAUCCUCAGCUCAUAAACGCACUGCAGUGCGUGGCAAGAACAACCAAAAUAAAUCACAUGCAACUCGAAAAGAAGAGGAAACCACUAAGAAAGUGUCUAAAGAAGAACAAAUUGAAACCGCUACUGACCAUGAUGAUCCGCCGACUGUUGUUGAUGGGAAAAAUCCACACAAAUCUGUACGCACGCGCCGUAUUUCUCUAAAAGAAAUGCAACCAUCGCACGCUGUUACUGCUGACGAAGGUGAAGGUGUUGAAGAAUUGGAAACAGAAGAAGUUGCAGAACCAUCGACGAAGGUUGUAACGAAGCGCUUACGCAAGCGUCGGGAGUCGCAUAACGCCGAUGAACAAGAGCCGUUUAAUAAGUCGGAAGCUCGAGAUGAAACGCCAACAUUUGUACCGGCUGAAUCUCCUACCGCCACAUCAACGAAACAGCGUAGUAGACGUAAACGCAAGGAUUCGCAUCAAAACUUGAAUGAUGAAGCUCUUGGUGAUGAGCCACCAAAGAAGCGGCCACUCAGUCGAAAGCGGCGCGAUUCCUCGAUGGAUAGUAGCAUACACGAAGGAAUUGGCAUUGAUAUGGACACCAAUCAUGGUGCAAAUACUUCAUCUUCCUCUACAACGCCGCAACGUCCACGUCGCGCAGCUGCGGCUCAAGAUCGCAACUACGACGAGAGUUCAGAUGCUGAGGCGCAAGUCGAUCUCAAGCGUCGAAUCGAAAAGGCAUCGCUACCAAAAGCCAGUACCAACAUCAGUGCAGCAACAGCUGUUUCUUCAUUGAAGCAGGGAAGUCCCAUAAGGGCUAAAACGCCUACAAAGUCGAUGGUUCCGGCAGCAGUUGCAGAAAUUACAACUAAAACAACGAGCACACCUAUAUUAUCAACAGUGAUAACCACAAGUCGUGGGCGUCAACGAAAACCCACCGCGCGCGUGCAGCAGUACCUUGAAGAGGAACGCGCUAAAGCCGAGACACCGAAGAAACGUUUACUGCUCGGUUCAGCCGCAGUCAGCGAAACAUCCACAUCACAGGCGGGAGUUACACCUAUACGUCGUACACGAAAAGCUUCCACCGUUGAAACAGAGGGGUCUGAAAUGGUCCACACAGUGGCUCGUGGACGAACGCGCACCGCUAAAGUUUUACACGUCACAGAAACUUCAGAAGAAUCGCGUUCGGAAGUGGAACAUGCACAUUCCGAGUUGGAAACAACUCACAGUAGUAGUCAUGUGGAAGAAAAAGGGCGAACAACAAAAUCAAAGGCAACAAAACGACCUCCACGUGGUCGUGGCAAACAGCUAAUAUCCACAGUAGCAGCUGCUACCGUGGAAAGUGAAAUUCCCGAUGUGCUAGCAAAGGCAGUUGCUACUCCGACAGAAGCAACACUCUCUGGCACCGGCCGCACAGGACGCGCCGCGAAAGCAGCAGCUGCGGCAGCAUUAAUAACUGACGACCCUGUUGGUUCACAUACAAAGCCCCGCGGAGGACGUACUAGGCGGGGUGCAGUCAACGUCGACGAAGAAGUACAACCAACCGAUGCUGAAGUAAAGGAAGUACAAACGGAAACAGUAGUUACGCUUGAAACCGAUGUCGAGCAAUCAAACAAGAAAACGAGGAAAACUGUGGCGGGUGGACGUACUGCUCGAGGCGGUCGUAGUCGCAAAAAACAGCAAGAGCUCGACGAUGCCACAGAUGAACACAUAUUGCAACACACGUCGUUGACAGGUGUCGAAACGAGUAGUAAUGUUGCUUCACAUCAACAACCGCAAAAUCCAAUUAUCGCAGAUGCCGAUGAUGAGCACGAAGACGAUGACGAAACGCUCACAACGGAAGCAGCAGAUCUAGAGGUGGCUACAUCCCUUGCGGGUGCAAAAUUAGCAGGUAAAAAACGUACAGCAGCCAGGCGUAAAGCGGCAGCUGCCACGGCCAGUGUUGCAGAGUCCCCAGUACCCAAGCGUGGACGACGUCGUGCCGUUGCCGCUAACGCUGAAGAAAGUGAUGCCGCCUCACAAUUGGAUACACGAGCCGAGAGUGCCGCCAGUAGUCGUAGCCGCAAAGUAGUUCGUUUUGACGCGGCUACGCCGUCAAGUGUGGCCAGUGCUACGAUGUCGGUGGAUACAGCUGCCGAAGAAGAGACCACAUCAGCUCCAGCUGCACCGGCCAAACGUGCCACACGCUCACGCCGGAAGUGAAUGGCGGUGGCAGAACAAUAAAAAAAAACAUAGAAUUAGCAAUGUUUAGUAACUGCGCUUAUUAACACUUGUUUUAAGCAUUUACAAUUUUUUCCAUUCUCAUUGACUAGCGGUCUAAUCUUUAAAUUUCUAAACAAAUAAUGCGUAUGCUUUGGUGUAGUUUAUACUGUACACUAUUGGAUAGCGCAGCCGCGUCUAGCACUACAAAUCCAUACAUUCGAGGUUUUCAUCAUCAAUCAAUUAACACUGAAACUUCUUAUUUUUAUUCUCUUAUUAUUUUUAAGUUUUCCUAAACUAUAAAUUUCUUAACUUUUUGUAUUGUUGUAUACGUUCUAUUUAGAUUUCCUUUCGGACUUCUUUUUGUAUUCCAAUUAAAAUUAACAAGAAUUGAAAAAGACAAAAUUAAUAAUUAUAAUAAAAUGCAUAUUUGUUUUGCCGUCGGCAUUUAGCGUAGAAAAUAUACAUAUAUACACACAUAUUCUACCGUAAAUACAAACUAUGAUUAAUACCAACAAAAUAUAUUGUACUUUUAUGUCUAAAAAAAUCAUAAAAAACGAAAAUAAA